AAAAGUGCAAGCUGCAAGAAUUUUAGGGGCUUCCCCUCUUUUAAAAUUACAACGAUUUCAUGAGAAUUGACUCCUGCUGUCAAGACACUGUAAGAUCUUGGAGUUGCUGUUUCUUUAUUUGGCUUCAGUGAAAACAAAACUAACCAGAAAAAUAAAUCAGAACAAAACAAAAAAGGCCGAGCUCCUCAGUGAGAAGGCAACUAGCAUUUCUGGGUGCAUUGUCUGGCAAGAAAGCCAGCACAGCUAGCGCGGGAGCCUGCCCUGACACUUGUCCUGAAUCCUCCCAUGGGUGGCAGGGAACUGCAGGGACAAAGGAUUGUGUUCUUGCAUCAGAUGCCAAGGGUUGCUGUUUUUAGGGCAGAUUUAUUGGAUGCUUAAGGCUUUGGUUAUACAUAGAUGGAGAGUAAUUUGUGAGCACCGUACCCUAAGUCGGGCUGUUUUUCAAAACAAUGCUAAUCGGAGUCUAACCAGUUCGUAGGACAAGAAGCCAUUUCCCCCCAAAGUUUCUUCUGGUUAGAACACACGACCUUGAAUUUAGAAUCUUUCCAGUUUGUCCCAAAGCCAGAUGCACGAGAGCAAUGAUUGCCCUUCUUUUAGAUGUCCCUCUCCACCUCUGGUCUUUUCUUGGACUUUUUGCUUUUUCUAAAGAUCAGACCAAUAGCCCCAGUUUAGGAGGUGUCUCCUGCUCUCGCUCCCAAGGUACAUGGCUUGCUUCCUUCAGAGACUUGCGUCCUGCCUUCACACGGGAACUUUCUUGGAAGAUUUUUCUGUCUCUCUCUUUCUAAGACAAUUCUUUGAAUUGAUGACUUUGGUAUUCACAGCAUACUAUAUUAUCAUUUUUAAAAAAACCUGUCCCCAGUGAGUACUAUCUUCCUAAUUAGACUGUAUGUUAUUUGAGGGCAGGGACCCAAUUAUAUAAAAUACUUACUAAAUUAUACUUUUUUUCUGAAAAUUGAGUUGGAUUAAAGAUUAUUCUGAAUGUAGACUUUCUUGCCAUAAAAUGACCAGUUCAGAUCUUCCUAAAAUCGGCCACGAAACAUUACGAAGGGCUCCAUGAUAAAGAUGCCAUGGUAAAUUAAGUGUGGGAAAGACAAAACAAUAUUAAACAGAUUCUCUUAUUGUAGGACUUGUCAGAGCCUUUAAUACACUCCUGUGCAUUGUGCAUCUCGUAGGGAGGAGGAAGACUGAGUCUGUAGUGUUUCCUAAGUUUUUUUGACCAUGGAGUCCUUUCACUUUGGAGCAUAUUGCAGUACGACUGUAUCCAGACUUUGGGGGAAGCUACAUUCUAAUAUAUCUCCCAAUGCUGGGGUGCAACUGAGAAUUGGAUGGCACUGUCCAACCAAGUAAGAUGCAUUUUGGCAUCUAGUAGGAGGGAAGGGGCCUGGGUCGAACCUGCCAUUCCCCAGUUCUUUCGGUUCCCCAAGCCCAUCCUUUAGACCUAGCAGAGGUCUGCACGAAGCUCUCCUUCAAAGCCAUUCCUGCGAGGAUGACAGGACUGGGGCCUCUUUGCCUCGUUUGGCAUGGCUUAGCCUCAGCCCAGGCUUCCUGGGGAGACUCAGUCCUCCCCUCGCUGGGCCUCUCUCAAGCAGUGCCUGGCACAGCCCUGGCUGGGAGCUGGUGGAGCCACCCGCCCUGUGGGGAGCUCAGAACACAAGCUAUACAUUCACGGGAUUCCUGGACAGCCAGGGACCCCCGCCAGCUGGGCUGACACUUCUUGUCCCACAGGCUUCAUUUCCGUGCUCUUCUGCGGGCCUUGCCAACACAGCCUUUCCUUUCCGAUCCCCUAAAAAGUUUCCAAAACCAGAAAGCAGCCCUGUGCUUUACUUCCAGAGACAGAGAGAGAGACAGAGACAGAGAGAGAGAGAGAGAGAGAGAGAGAGAGAGAGACUUUGUUCAGGGAAAUGGCCAGCUUUCCAGGUGCCAGCUCAGGUGCUAAUCUGUCUGUGCAGAGGCCCUGCUUCCUGCAAAGGUGGGCCAGACCCUGCCUUCCAGACUGUCUCUGGCUGGAGAGGGGCUUGCUACCAACACAGAACAAAGAGCAGAGUGUCCACAAAGUGUCGGAUUCUCUGGAAUGGUUACAGGCCAGGAGGAAUGCGGAGGACAAGGGCAGCGGCAGAGGAGGAGCCAGGAAGCCUCUCACAGGGAGAACUGAGCUGCUUCUGGAAGGAUUGGUCCAGGUCUUCUCCUGGCCAAGCCACCCCCCUUUCGAUAGCAGAUUAUGGACAGCGGCAUCCUGGGGGUGUUAGAGAGUCAGGCAGGUGGCUUUUUACCAACUGAUAGAGACGUAUGUCCCAUUUGAAUAGCUUGCAUAGUCAUAGCAGUGCCCACCUCCUGAAUGUCAACCCGGAUGCCGCAAUCUUUUGGCAGUAUUCUAUGCAGAUAUAGAAUGUCCCAUUCUAGGAACCUUUCUCAAAGCUUCUUCUCUGCUAACCCGUCAUCCAUCCCAGUUGUGAUGGUGGAGGGGAAACGUUUCAUGGCCCCUUGUGUGGCGUGUGGGAAAGCAACAUGCAGAGAAGGGUUUGUAGUUCAUCACUUUCCCUAUAGACUCCAGGAUGUCAUCGGCCAAGCUGGGAACAGGCACGUGGCCAGUGAUGCUGAUGCACUCUCAUGGCGAGUCAGUGUUUCCUAAGUGGGCAGCUCCUGUCAGACCCGAUUUCAUGGGGGGGCCUCUAGACACCGUUUCUAUAGAGACCGAUCACGUUUCCGUGGCACGAGAGGGAAAAUGCUGUCCAUGUGCUCCUUGACACUCUGGCUGGGCACUUAGAGAAAUGCGUCUUCCACAGGGAAAUAGGGAACCGGAAAGGAUUUAGAAAUGUUCUAACUCACAAUGAUAUCCCACCUGUCCCUGGUGCCAAAAAGGUUGGGGACCAUUGCUUUAAAGAGCUCGGGGGACCCACAGGCCUCAGGCUCCGUGUUUUGCUGGAGAGUGAGUUUCAGGUGAGGGCAAUGGAUUGAGCAGAGGGGCUCCCUGGUUACUGUUCACAUGGCCCCGGCGUCCAUGUGGGCGUCACCCUCAUGGGUAUCCAGUCAUUAGGGUCCCUCCUGGCCUGACAUUUGGAUCAAGAACCCCCAGUGAUGCACUUUUCCUGGGACCGUGACUUGCUCAGUUUUACUGCUUCCUCCAUUCCCACACAAGCCAUGCCUCAGCCUCCAGGCCUGGGGCCUGAGCUCCCCGGGCAGCGACAGGGAGCUCUUUGAAGCCAGCCCCUGGGCUCUGCAGUCCCCACUCUGGGGAUUCUUAGCAGCAGCUCUUUGGGUGUGAGUAUGAAAGGCCGCUGCAAAACCAUCCCAGCUGGGGCCCCUAGCUACAAGCUCUGCUUCUGGAGAGGUUUGCCAGGCGCCAAAAACAUCUCCGGUGCUUGGGCCAGGAGCUGCCAUUGGAAAGCGCAGCCAGGACCCCUCCCACUCUCCCCCAGUGGCAUCCUGGCUCCUGCCUCUCUUCCCUCCCUUCCUCCUUCCCUCAGAAGCGAGGACAGGCUGCAGGACGCCUCGUCUGCCCUGUGGUGCCCGGACAGAGCCCCCACCUCUGCAAAGAUGACCUGGAGACGGGUCCUGCUCCUGUCCUGCCUGUCGGCCGUGGUGCUCCUGGCCGUGCUGCGGGAAGGGACCGGAGCCUCAGUGGGCACCAGACAGGCAGCAGGAGAGGAGGCCCCAGAUGGUGUGAAACAGAAGAUUUUCAUGCAGGAAUCAGAUGCCUCGAAUUUCCUCAAGAGGCGCGGCAAGCGGUCCCCCCCAUCCAAAGAUGAGGUCAAUGCCCCUGGAAGCACUGUGUUCAGCGAGCAGGCUUUCUAUCCUUCACUUCCGAUGCAUCGGGGGGAGCAUGUCUUCUGCUGUGGGGUCUGUGGCCCUCCGCUGCAGGGCACUCGUCCCCUCGACCUGCCCACCCUCGGGAGAAGUGGAGAACAGGCAGAAGCUGCGGGCUGAUGAGCUGCGGAGAGAACAUUACGAGGAGCAAAGGAACGAGUUUGAGAACUUCGUGGAGGA